UAGCUACAGUUGCAGAAAAAUACGAAAUUUGCCACAUCAUUAAAGAUCAAAAUCUUACAAUCUUUGAAAGAAUGGAACAGAAAAUUGAUAGAAUUCUUCUGAUUCUUGAUUCUAACAAUAAAGAGCAGAACACUAGCAGCUCUUUGUUAGGUUUGCUACCUUUUGGAAUUAACGAUUUUAUAAUGCUGAAUGAAAGUCUAAAGACAAACAAAACAUUGAAGGAGCAAAUUAAACAAUUAAUUUUAAGCUGCCAUGGAAAAGAUUGUAAGGCGUUUGUGGCAAAUUCCCUAAGGAGAUUAAUCACAGAUGAUGUUGCUAUUUGCUAUUCCUUAACUGGUAAAAACAAGACUGGUCAGUUAAAGGAAUCAUUUGAAAAAACUGAGGUUUUUAAAAUGAUACGAGAAGCUUGUUUGCUGUACAAAAAUUUUAAAGACAACAUAUUUAGAGAGGCUGCUAGCGACUGGCUGUUGCAAGCAAAAUUUAGAAAAAUGAGAAAAGAGAAGAGGAUGGCUGAAUCAAUGGGAGAUGUGUGAUAUGUUUUUUUUUUCCUUUUAUAGUUAUAAUUUUAUAAAGUUUUGUAUUCAAUAAAUAUUUUAUAAAAAUUC